AUGGGUGAGCUCGCGGACGAAACAAGCAAGCUCCAACUCGGCUCCGUACCGUUUGGCAAGCAGAUGUUGAAAGAAUUUCUCCAUGACCCAGCUUAUCACAACAUGAACAAUGGCUCAUUCGGUACUAUCCCACGCCACAUCCAAAAAGUCCUCCGUUCCUACCAAGACGAAACCGAGGCCCGCCCAGACCCCUUCAUCCGCUGGACCUAUCACGACCACCUCCGCGAAUCCCGCAAAGCCGUAGCAGACAUCAUAAAGACCCCGCUCGACAGCACAGUCUUCGUCCCCAACGCCACGACGGGCGUCAACACGGUCCUCCGCAACCUGUCCUGGGAGGCCGACGGCCUCGACGAGAUCCUCUACUUCUCCACAAUCUACGGCGGCUGUGCAAAGACGAUCGACUACAUCGUCGACACCCGCUACGGCCGCGUCUCGGAGCGCAGCAUCCCGUUGACGUACCCGAUGGAAGAUGCCGACGUCGUAGCCCUCUUCCGCUCCGUCGUCGCACAAUCCCGCGCCGAGGGCAAACGCCCCAAGAUCUGCCUCUUCGACGUCGUCACCAGCUUGCCGGGAAUCUGCUUUCCCUGGGUCGCCAUGACGGCCGCCUGCCGCGAGUUGGGGGUAAUGAGCCUCGUCGACGGCGCGCAGGGGAUCGGGAUGGUGCACCUCGACGUCGCGGCCGCCGACCCGGACUUCUUCGUGUCCAACUGCCACAAGUGGCUGCACGUCCCGCGCGGGUGCGCCGUCUUCUACGUGCCGGAGCGGAACCAGCACCUCGUGGCGUCGACGGUGCCGACGUCGCACGGGUAUGUGCCGCGGUCCGGGCAGGUUCGGUACAACCCGCUGCCGAAGAGCAAGGACUCGCAGUUUGUGACGAAUUUCGGAUUCAACGGGACGUUUGAUAACAGCCCGAACAUGUGUGUCAAACACUCGAUUGAGUGGCGUAAGAGCCUUGGUGGAGAGGAUCAGAUUCUCGAUUACCUCCAGACACUGGCCAAGAACGGCGGCAAGAAGAUUGCUGCGAUCCUCGGGACGUUUAUUCUGGACAACAAGACGGAGACGUUGACAAAGUGCGCCAUGAUCAACGUUGCGUUGCCGAUGGUGAGCGGUCCUGAUGCGGAGUCUGUCUCGGUGGGUUCUGAUGGCACGGUCACCGUUCCCGAGACGGAAUCUGCAGCUGUGGGCGCCUGGCUUGUAUCCAAGUUGAUGGGUGAAUACCAGACUUUCCUGCCUAUUUACAGGCACGAUGGUCGUUGGUGGGUCAGGGUGAGUGCGCAGAUUUUCCUCGACGAGUCCGACUUUGAGUGGACCGGCAACAUGUUGAAGAGUCUGUGUGAGCGCGUGGGCAAACAAGAGUACAAGACGGAGGAAAGCAAGUAG